AUGACGACAGAUGAGAUUUACCACUUUUUUGGUGCCUGUAUUUUGAUGUCCUGCAUCCGAUACCCAACCAUUAGGAUGUACUGGUCCAAAGCCUUGAAAAUCACUGCCAUCACUGACAAAUUCACACGUGCCAGAUUCUUCAAACUGAGGGGAGCAAUAAAAGUGGUUAUUGAUCAUGAUGUGCCAGAAGACCUGAGAAUGUCGGACAAAUUCUGGAAGGUGAGGCCUUUUCUGGAUCGGAUUCUGCAAGGCUGCUUGUCUCUGAAUCGACCUGAUUGCGCAUCUAUUGAUGAGCAGAUGAUUCCUUUCACAGGAGCCUGUCCGUACAGACAAUAUCUGCCAAUGAAGCCAAACCCAGUUGGCAUAAAGAACUUUGUUUGUGCUACAGCAGAUGGCAUUGUGCUUGACUUUGAGCUGUAUCAAGGCACAGGUUCACUGAUUGGGAAGGUUGAAGAACCAGAGGGCCUGGGUUUAGGAAGCUUAGUCAUCGAGCGUCUGUGCCAAACUCUGCAUCGCGGCACAAAGGUGUAUUGUGACCGGUUCUUCACCACCAUUAAAGGUGCGCAACGAAUGAUGGGGAAAGAGCUGUACAUGACUGGUACAAUAAUGAAGAACCGACUCGCUGGAGCGAAGCAUAAGUUACCCAGUGACAAAGCCAUGAAAAACGCAGGAAGAGGUACCUCAUCAGAAGUUUCCGCUGAAGAUGGAAAGUUGUGUGUAGUGAAGUGGUACGACAACAAACCAGUAUUGCUGAUGUCUGUUGUUCAUGGUACACAGCCAGAAGACACCUGCCAGCGCUGGGACAAGAAAAUGAAACAAUAUGUCACUGUCUCGCGACCAAGCAUUAUCCGUGAGUACAACAACAAGAUGGGUGGAGUUGAUUUGAUGGAUAGAAUGAUAAGUUACUAUCGCAUGAGCACCCGUACUAAGAAGUGGACAAUGCGGAUGGUAAUGCACUUCACGGAUCUGGCUUUAGCCAACAGCUGGCUACUCUACCGAAAAGACCAUGCAAUAUGUGCUGGACCAAAGACAAGACCCAUCCAGUUCCUUCAGUUCCGCAUGGAAGUGGCUACGAUCCUCUUGGCCCAGCAUCACGGUGCAGAUGCAGACCUUUCGACAGAGGAAGAAGAUUCAAACCAGGGAGUGAAACGUCAUGUGACAGAGUUGCCCCAUGUCUCGGUCCGCAGGAGGGCUAAUGCCCACCUCCCAGAGAUGAUCGGCCUGAAAAAUGCAAUGCGCUGCAGACAACUAGGCUGCACUGGAAGAACCCGAGUGCGUUGUAUGACCUGCAAAGUGUUCUUGUGCUUGCAAACCGAGCGCAACUGUUACUCAGCCUUUCACACAUAA